AUGUGCAACACCAGCUGCUCCGCUGCCUGCCAGCCGGCCUGCUCCGGGUCCCCGUGCUGCCCAGCCCUGGGCUGUGGGGUCCCCUGCUGCCGCCCGGCCUCCUGCGUGGCUCUGCUGUGCCAGCCCGUGUGCGGCGUGGGUGCCUCCUGCCAGGCAGCCUGCUGUGUGCCCGUGUGCUGCAAGCCCGCCGUGUGCGUGCCUGUGUGCUGCAAGCCCGCCGUGUGCGAGCCCAUGUGCUGCAAGCCCGCCGUGUGCGUGGUCCCCUCCUGCCAGUCCUCCUCCUGCUGCCAGCCCUCCUGCCCUGCCCUCCUCUGCAGUCCUGUCUGCUGCAGCACCCCUGCCUCGUGCUGA